CGCCGGAGCGGAACGCGGCGGGGGCAGGAAACAAUAGAGCCGCGGCCGGAGGGGUCCGAGCAGCCGAGCGGAGGAACCGGCCGCCCGCCCGCCUCGCCCGCAGCCCAGCCCGCCCCGCCUCGCUCCCCGCAGCCGCCCCGCUCCCCCUCCCGCCCCGCCAUGGCGGAUAAGGAAGCAGCCUUUGAUGAUGCGGUGGAAGAACGUGUGAUCAAUGAAGAGUACAAAAUAUGGAAGAAGAAUACUCCUUUCUUAUAUGACUUGGUAAUGACCCAUGCUCUGGAAUGGCCUAGCUUGACUGCUCAGUGGCUUCCUGAUGUAACAAGACCUGAAGGCAAAGAUUUCAGUAUCCACAGGUUAGUGCUGGGCACCCACACUUCAGAUGAACAAAACCACCUCGUGAUAGCCAGUGUGCAGCUGCCCAACGAUGACGCCCAGUUCGAUGCCUCACACUAUGACAGUGAGAAGGGAGAGUUUGGAGGCUUUGGAUCAGUCAGUGGUAAAAUUGAAAUAGAAAUCAAGAUAAACCACGAGGGGGAGGUGAACAGAGCACGUUACAUGCCACAGAACCCGUGCAUCAUUGCCACGAAGACCCCAUCCAGCGACGUCCUUGUCUUUGAUUACACCAAACACCCUUCUAAACCAGACCCUUCUGGAGAGUGUAACCCUGACCUGCGUCUUCGUGGCCACCAGAAGGAAGGUUAUGGGCUGUCAUGGAACCCAAACCUGAGUGGGCACUUGCUUAGUGCUUCUGAUGAUCAUACCAUUUGCUUGUGGGAUAUUAGUGCUGUCCCAAAGGAAGGCAAAGUGGUGGAUGCAAAGACCAUCUUCACAGGCCAUACAGCAGUAGUGGAAGAUGUAUCUUGGCACCUGCUGCAUGAAUCUCUUUUUGGCUCUGUUGCUGAUGAUCAGAAGCUCAUGAUCUGGGACACUCGGUCAAACAACACCUCCAAACCCAGUCAUUCAGUGGAUGCUCACACAGCUGAAGUCAACUGCCUCUCUUUCAAUCCCUACAGCGAGUUUAUCCUGGCUACAGGAUCAGCUGAUAAGACUGUUGCUUUAUGGGACUUGAGGAACCUCAAACUGAAGCUUCACUCUUUUGAAUCACAUAAAGAUGAAAUAUUUCAGGUUCAGUGGUCUCCCCACAAUGAAACCAUAUUGGCCUCCAGUGGCACCGACCGCAGGCUAAAUGUCUGGGACUUGAGUAAAAUUGGAGAAGAGCAAUCCCCUGAAGAUGCUGAGGACGGUCCCCCCGAGCUGUUGUUUAUUCAUGGUGGCCACACUGCAAAGAUCUCUGAUUUCUCCUGGAAUCCCAAUGAGCCCUGGGUAAUUUGUUCUGUAUCAGAAGAUAAUAUCAUGCAAGUCUGGCAAAUGGCGGAGAACAUCUAUAACGAUGAAGAUCCUGAAGGAAGUGUGGAUCCAGAAGGUCAAGGGUCCUAGAUGACAGCCUUUCCCUGUUUUUAGUCUUUUUUUUCCUUCUCUUCCCUCUCAACCCUGAUAUUGACUUAACACUGGUUUUGAGACACACGUAGGCUUUGUGUUCAGCCAUCCUUCUGUAGAGAACCAUCACCAGGCUUUAACCCAGGCACUGAGCGCUCCCCAAGGAAGGGCUCAGCUCUAGCUCCUUGGUCACAUCUGCAGCCAGACCUGGCUGUCCCAUUGCAGCUGCCUUCAGCACACAGAGCAAACUUGGCUUUGCUGUUGUUUUUUUUCCCUCUCCUGUCUUUAGCUUGCAGCAGCUGUGGGGUUUUUGCCUAAUUUAAACAGAAGUGACUCUGGUGGAGCUGCCAGAGUGUCCUUGAGCCAGUGGAGAUGAUACAGAUGUUAAUCCACUGGCAGCUCAGAACUGGAGUGUGGAAGCUCUCAUCCUCUUCAGUACCACUCAGAAGUCCUGGGAUUCCUUUAGUUAAUCUGCACCCUGGGCAUUUUUCUGCCUCUGCAGAUACACAACAGGUUUGCAGAUUCUUGACAAGACAUUAAAUUUCUUCCCAUGGUUUUUGUCUCUACUGGUAAUUCUGGGUUUUUCAUUCCUUCUCCCUCGCCCCUUUCCCCAUCUGCUGGGCAGCAGCAGUUUGCAUUCCUUAGCUUUCCCUGCAGAGCCUUUUCUUUUCUCACCCUCCAUGUCUUUUGCUCUAUGGUGUGUUUCUUGAGCUGUGUUUUCACAUAUAUUUCUUUCCUUUCUGUGAAAUGGUUUUUUAAAACUUGGGGCCACCAAGUUGCAAGGGUGUGUGUUUGUACCAGCUGAUGUAGCACAGGUAACCUACAGCAGCACCUGGAGCUGGUACCUGUCAAACAGUGGGUGAACUACUUUUUGUAAGGAGUUAGUCCUUGACCACUAGUUUCUGCACAUCUCCACUAGGGUGUCCUGUGUCAGCAGCAGCCUGUCACUCUCUGUGCUCCUCGUGACUAACGACUGUAAGUGCUUCAGAUGGAAUAAAUUUUUUCUACAUAAA